CUUAUCCUAAAAAAAGAGAAAAAAGAAAAGAAAGGAUUGUUGUGGUGCUUAAUGCAUUUUUUUGCAAGUUGCGAAAGGGAAAUAGAGUUGAACGCAUGCAGGUGACGUGGCAUCUCCAAACUCACUUCGAUUUACUUACCCAAACACAGACACAACACAACACAAAUUCCUUACUCUCGAUUCGACGCUUCUCUCCUUCCUUCAACGGCGCUUUCCACUGUGGCCACCGGGUGAACCUUUCAAGUUUGUGGACACGCUUUCAUGUACAGAAGCAGCAAUAUUGUGGCUAGGAUUUUUGACCGUCAAAUUUGCACUCCUGCUCCUGGCACUAGUGUUCAUCAUGCUCGGCGAUUCUAUGAAAAUUUGGUACCAAGUUACACAGUAUAUGAGGUUGAGUGCCCAGACCAUUCAUUUCGUAAAUUCACUGAUGAUGGCCAAUACCUUAUAAGUUUCAGCAGAAAUCAUCAGGAGUUGAUUGUUUAUAGGCCUAGAUGGCUUUCUUUUUCAUGCAAAGAUGAAGAUUGUGAUAAACAUGAUUUGCCAUCAAGAGCAAAGAGAUUUGACAGUUUUUUCACCCAAUUAUAUUGUGUACCACUUGCUUCUUGCAAUGAACUUAUAUGUAAAGAUUUCUUUCUUUACAUGGAGAGUAAUCAAUUUGGACUGUUUGCUACUUCAACGGCUCAAAUUCAUGAUGCUCCUGCUGUUGGAGGAGCUGUCCAUGGUGUUCCUUCAAUUGAGAAGAUAACUUUCCACCUCUUGAGACUGGAAGAUGGAGAGAUCUUGGACAAGAAGGUCUUCAGUAAUGACUUCGUUAAUUUAGCCCAUAAUAUGGGUGUCUUCUUGUAUGAUGACCUAUUGGCAAUUGUAUCACUUCGCUAUCAAACUAUACACAUUCUUCAAAUUAGAGACUCUGGGAACCUUGUUGAUGUACGUGCUAUUGGGGAAUUCUGCCGCGAAGAUGAUGAGCUUUUUCUCAAUUCAAAUGCUCAGGGCAUGGCAUUGUCUGACAAAAAUAAACAGCUUCAAUUGCCUGGGAACCACAUUGAAAAUCACCUGCAUCAAGGCCAGCCUAAUCUGGGGAAUUCUUUUCUAAGUGGUAUAAAACAGCGAUUGCUUUCAUUCAUAUUCCAGGGACUAUGGAAUGAAGAAAGAGAUGAUACCUUGAGGAUCCAAAGGCUCAGGAAGAAAUUUUACUUCCACUUUCAAGAUUAUGUUGAUUUGAUUAUCUGGAAGGUGCAAUUCUUGGACCGACAACAUUUGCUAAUCAAGUUUGGUAGUGUAGAUGGAGGGCCUCAGGUGUCCCGAAAUGCUGAUCACCACCCAGCUUUUGUUGCUGUAUAUAACAUGGAUACAACUGAAAUUGUAUCAUUUUAUCAGAAUUCACCAGACGAGCUUUAUCUGUUGUUUGAGCAGUUCUGUGACCACUUCCAUGCAACAUCAAGGAAUUCAAUGUAUAUGAAUUUCAUAUCUUCUCAUUCAAAUAAUAUCCAUGCACUGGAACAGCUCCGGAGCAUUAAAGAUAAGGCAAGCAGCUCUGCACAGUUUGUGAAGAAGAUGCUUGCCUCUUUGCCCUUCAGCUGUCAGUCACAGAGUCCUUCUCCUUACUUCGACCAAUCUCUUUUCCGGUUUGAUGAUAAGCUGAUUUCUGCAACUGAUCGACAUAGGCAAUCAACUGACCAUCCAAUCAAGUUUAUUUUAAGGAGGCAUCCGUAUUCUCUCAAAUUUAAGAUCAAACCAGGUCCUGAAGCUGGUAGUAUGGAUGGUCGUGCAAAAAAGAUCUCGUCGUUUCUUUUUCAUCCAAUUUUGCCCCUUGCUCUCUCUGUUCAACAGACUUUGUUCUUGCAGCCUUCAGUUGUAAAUAUUCACUUUCGAAGAUGAGCGUAGAUUUAUAGAUUACAAAUGAGAGUAGAUUUACAUUUACUUGUCUUCCACUGUUACCGUCUUUACUGAAUCAAGAGGAUGUAUAUUCAGUCGGUACUUGCAAGCCAAAAUGUAUGUCAAUCAGAUUCUAACGAUUGCUGUGACAAUCGACGCUCUUCUAAAUUUUGGUCAUUUUAUUUUAUUUUAAAAUUUUAAACUAAUCACCGAAAUUUUUAUCAUUUAAAAAAUAUUGGAAAAGUAUUAUUUGCAACA